UUGUCCACUUAAAAAUUUAAUCACGUAUGCACUCUCAGGAUGCAGAUGUCUCUAUUCGCAAAAGGGCCCUUGAACUCGUUUACUUACUCGUCAAUGACACCAAUGUAAAGCCUUUGACAAAGGAGCUUGUUGAUUACCUAGAAGUAAGUGACGAGGACUUCAAGGAAGACCUCACAGCCAAAAUAUGCUUAAUAGUUGAAAAGUUUUCUCAAGAUAAGUUGUGGUACCUAGACCAGAUGUUCAAGGUUUUAUCUCUGUCUGGAAACUUUGUGAAGGAUGAUGUAUGGCAUGCCCUUAUAGUUCUGAUAAGCAAUGCAUCUGAACUUCAAGGAUACUCAGUGAGAUCGUUAUACAAGGCAUUGCAAGCAUGUGGUGCACAGGAAAGUUUAGUUAGGGUGUCUGUUUGGUGCAUUGGUGAAUAUGGUGAGAUGCUGGUCAACAACAUUAGUAUGCUGGAUGUUGAGGAACCAAUCACGGUAACAGAAUCUGAUGCGGUGGAUGCUUUAGAGCUAGCUCUUAAACGCUACUCUGUAGACGUUACAACACGGGCUAUGUGUCUUGUUGCUCUUUUGAAGCUUUCUUCGCGAUUUCCGCCAACUUCAGAGAGGAUACAAGAAAUUGUAGUUCAGAAUAAAGGGAACACUGUGCUUGAGCUACAGCAAAGAUCAAUCGAAUUUAAUUCCAUCAUUCAAAGACACCAGUCUAUAAAAUCAUCUUUGCUUGAGCGGAUGCCUGUAUUAGAUGAAGCUAGUUAUUUGGUGAAGCGAGCCACUUCUUCACAAGCGAGUGUUUCAUUAAAUAAAUCUGCUCCAGCAGCCACUCCUGGAGGCUCCCUUAAGCUUCCAAACGGUGUAGCAAAACCACCACCAGCUCCAUUAGCUGAUUUACUUGAUUUAAGUUCUGAUGAUACUCCAGCGAGUACUUCUGCCCCUACUGCAGCGCCUAAUAAUUUCCUACACGAUCUUUUGGGCAUUGACCUGACUGAUUCUUCUAGUACAGGUGGAGCUCCAUCUGCAAGUACAGAUAUUUUAAUGGAUCUUCUAUCUAUUGGUUCAUCUCCUGUACAAAAUGGCCCGCCAACAACAUCGACCGUUAUCUCUCCUGGCCAAGCAGUGACUAAACAUGCUUCUGCAACACCUCAAGUUUUCGAUCUUCUCGAUGGUUUGGCCCCAAGUUCACCACUCCCUGAUGAACAAACAGCUUACCCGCCAAUCACAGCUUUCCAGAGUGCAACUUUGAAGAUCACCUUCAAUUUUAAGAAGCAGCCUGGAAAACCUCAGGAAACUACAAUGCAUGUCAGCUUUACAAAUUUGACUUCUGCUACAUUGACAGAUUUCAUGUUUCAGGCAGCUGUACCAAAGUUCAUCCAGUUGCGUUUGGACCCUGCUAGCAGCAGCACCCUUCCGGCCAGCGGGAAGGGUUCAGUUACACAAAGCCUCAGCGUCACUAACAAUCAACAUGGACAGAAACCAAUUGCUAUGCGGAUCCGGAUUUCCUACAAAGUGAACGGCGAGGACAGGCUGGAACAAGGGCAAAUCAGCAAUUUUCCCGCUGGGUUGUAGUGCCACCUGUGUAUAAUGUUGUGAUAGCUCUUUCAUUGUGCUGCUGGCAAAGGCGAGUUUUUCCUUUUUUCUACCUCCAUCAAUUUCUUACCCUUCUGCUUGCCUGUUAGGGAGUUAUGUACACUAGUUGGUUUUUGCCCUUUAUCCUUACCAUAUUGUAUAGUAGCUGGCAGCAAAUUAAUGACAUGUAUCCAGUUUUGCCAAAAUGUAUUUAUACAAAGGUGUAUAUUACACUUGGAGGAUAAUCAAAGUUUUCAGCCUCCAGCUCACUCGAGGCAGC